AUGUCGGUGGGCGGGCCUCUGGCGUUGCUGCUAGCGCUUCUAGUCUCUGCCAAGUCGGUGGCUGCUAAGCAGCAAGUGCCUUUGGUGCUCUGGUCGAGUUCUCGUGAUUUGUGGGCUCCGCUUGAAAAUACCCACCAAGGUCACAUCACUACGGACAUCCAGCUCUCCGCUUACCUAGACCGUGCCGUGGAGAAGGGACCCCGAAACGUGCUGCUGUUCCUGCAGGAAAAACUAAGCAUCGAGGAUUUCACCAUAUAUGGUGGUGUGUUUGGCGACAAGCAAGAUAGUGCUUUCUCUAACCUGGAGAAUGCUCUGGAAUUGGCUCCCUCUUCCUUGAUCCUGCCUUCAGUGGAUUGGUAUGCAGCCAGUACUUUGACCUCUUACCUGAAGGAGAAGUUGGGAGCUAGUCCCCUACAUGUGGACCAGGCCACUCUGAGGGACCUGAAGCUCAAUGGUACCCUUCCUGCUCUUCUCCUUCUGAGACUGCCAUAUACCUCCAGUCCUGGCUUGAUAGCUCCUAAAGAAGUACUCACAAGCAACGAUGAGAUCAUUGGGCAGGUGAUGAGCACAUUCAAGUCAGAAGGUAUACCCUAUACAGCCAUACUGACCACUGUUGGGCCAGCCCGGGUGGUUCGAGACUUGUCGAUUUUGUCUGGGGGUAUGGGGUGGCGCCCCCUUCGGGAGGGUGAAAAUGUGAGUGACUAUUUGACGACUCCAUCACCCUCAAUGGGUACCCUGCGGCCAGUGAGCUACAGUGAUGGAGAGCCUCGCAUCCUCUUCUGGGCCAAGAGCUUCACAGUGACCCAUUACGGUAGCUCAAGUGACCUGACUGAACUCACCUUUGGAACCCCAACACUCAACCUGACAGGCUCCAGCUGGAACAGCUCCUUUGCCCAGCUUGUGCUGACAUAUGACAAUGUCUUUGGCUCAUUCCUGACAAUCAAAUUUAUCCUGAGCAAUCAUUUCUACCCUGUUUCUGCCCGAAAUUGGUUCACCAUGGAUCGCUUAGAGAUCCACAUCAACAGAUCACUGGUUGUCUUCAAUUUCUCACAUGUCACAGCACCCAGCAUCUAUUCCUUCCACUGCCAGUAUGUUAGCACCCAACGUUCAAAGGAAGGAAUCCUAAUGUCUUCACUGAGUCCCUCUGCCUGGGAUGUGACUUUCCAGAAUUUCCAGAUUCAGGCCUUCAACUGCACUGGUAAAAAGUUCUCCUAUGCAAGUGACUGCGCUGGCUUCUUCUCCCCUGCCAUCUGCAUGGGGCUGGUUUCCUUUCUCCUCAUGCUUUUCACCUUCUUGUAUGGCCUGCACAUGCUCUUCAAUCUCAAGACCAUGGAUCGCUUUGAUGACUCAAAGGGGAAGACUUUCUUUGUGCCUCUGGUGGACUGA